AUGGCGGGCAAGGAAACAGCACGGCUAUGUGAGAAAAUUGUCCAUUCUCACUUUGGUCCGAUCGCGGGGAAAGUCGCUGGUACUUUGCUGAACCGAGGCCGGCUACAGCUCCCGACUCUUAUCCGUUUCACUGGGUUGAAGCCAAGUUUGGUUCGAGCAGCUGUCAUUGCUCUUAUUCAGCACAACCUGGUUUGGCAUGCCGAGGACGCGAUAGAAGGGGAAGUUGUCGAAAUAGACUGGGAAGAGUGCAUUGCGCGCCAACGCUUUGGGAAAAUCCUCGCUAUCACAAAGGAGAAGUUUGGGGUACCGGGUCAAGCGAUCAUAUCUAUCAUCUUAGACCAUGGUAAACUGCGGCUGCCGGACAUACUCCGACUAUUGAACAAAUCCGACAACCAAAAAGAGUCGGAAGCCUACAUUAAAGUUGCGCUCGAACUGCUCACAUCGUCUCACCUUCGGGUAUCAACUCCUGCGUCGCACAUAUCACCACGAGAUAAACUCAUUCGGUACGAGGCCGAAGAGCGCAAGAAACAUGUCGGAAUUGUGGCUCCGAAAGACUCCCGACAGUUUCGUAUCACGGCAGAGGUACGGAUUCGAAGAGAGCGGGAAGAAGCGGAGGCACCGUCUGUUGGGUUAAUCAAAAGAAAGGCGAAAAAUAAAGAAAACAAGGAAGGAGGCAGUGGGAGAUCCAAAAAGCGGCAGGUUGUGGAAGAGGACGUCAUUGAUCCCGAAGCAUAUCUCAAAGUGAACUAUGCUAAAUUCAACAUUCAUAUCCGGAGUCAAUUGAUUGUAGCAGCUGCACGAGAGAAGUACAAUGACGAAGCAGCAGCCGUUCUCAAAGGAAUUCUCCAAGUGUGCGAGCCCAAAAUGACGCAGUUGGAUGAAAUCCGUUCCGACCCCAUACCUACCAAUCAAAUUUCGCAACAGAUUCCUGAGAACGCUCAUUUGGAACGAGGGCUCUACCUUAAAGGUUCUGGCGUUGGAACAUCUGUCAUACGCGAAUUUAUAUCGAUACUUGCAUGCGCGGACAAUCCCACCACAUGGGGGGUAGCAAGUGCGUUCCUGAGCAUCAGUGGCAGCGGCGGAGGAGGAGGAGGAGGAAAGGUUGCCGUCGAGUUUGAAGCAAUUUCAAGAAGGCUGAAGCGUGGAGUAGUAGAAGGUGCUGUCCGCGAUCGCUGGGGUGACCACGCGUGCCGAAUACUUCGUGUCUUGGACGAAAAAGGAAAACUUCAUGAAGAUCAUAUCGCGAAAAUUGCAAUGCUUGCGCCUAAUGAUGUGCGCGUUCUCGUGAAUACCCUUAACACGGCGAAUAUCGUCGCCCUUCAAGAAGUUCCUAAAUCUGCAGACCGACAGCCAGCGCGGACAAUUUAUCUGUGGUACAUUGAUUCUGCACGAGCUAAUGCGACAAUCUUGGCCUCGUUGCAUGGAACUCUCGCGAAUAUCGUCGAGAGGCUUGACGUAGAAAAAGAGCGCGUGCAGUCGAUUCUGGAUAAACGAGACAGAAGCGAUAUUGCAGGGGACGAAAGUCGACUCAAUCGAGGCGAAAGAGAAGAUUUGAAGGAAUGGGAAAUGAAACGUGAUAAACUUCUAGUACUCACGCACCGGGUCGAAGAGGCAGCGUUUGUUCUUGGCGUACUUCCAUCCGUGUUCGACCCCGAAACGAAGUAA